AUGGAUAAUAAUAUUGAAGCAUUGGUUUAUAAUGAAAUUGUAAAUAAUAAAAUUAAUAAUAAUAUUGAAGAGGAUAAUAGUUAUGAAAUUGAAAAAUUAUUACAAGAAAUCUCAGUUUCAUGUUUAAGUCAAUAUGAUAAGGAUAGGUUACUUCAAUCAUUAUAUUAUUGUCAUGGUGGUAAUAUUGAUUAUUUUAGAAUUCAAUUAAAUAAUAAAAUUAAGGAUUAUUCAUAUCAAGAUAAAAUAUCUCAGUUUGAACAAAUAUCAAAUCAAAUGGAAAUAAAUCUGGAAAAGAAACAAUCAAAUUUAAAUUCUAUUAAUACUGAAAUUAAUUCAUUAAAACAAUUAUAUUACUCACAAACUUUAAAUUUAAAACAUCAAGAAGUUCAAGAUGUGUUUCAAUCAAAAAUUGAAAGAAUAAAAUCAGAAAUCAUAGAACGUGAAUUAAACAAUAUUUGUAAAAAAUAA